UACGUAAAUGUAAUUUUUUUAAUCAAUUUCUGUUAUGUCGUUGGUAAGCACACGGAUAUAAAUGUUUGAUGCAACUGGGCGCGACGGAUGCACGAGCACGAUUCUUUAACGUGAGAUUUGCCUUGAGCCCGACUGUCGUUUCACGCGCAUCGAAAACGGGGUCUUGGCCGAUGUACGUCCGAGAGGACCGGGUGCAUUUUCAUUUGUCGUUGCGAAAUCGCGCGACGGACAAACGUCGACCGCGUGUAACGGCGGGGCGAGAGAAAAGGCCGACGCGCGACGGGGAUAGGGAAAAAAAAUUAUAGUCAAACGCAUGCGGGCAUUACGCGCGCGACACGUAACGUUUAUACCGCCGCAGUAACGGAUCGGUGCGCGCGCGCGCGCACGUACCCCCGCAACCCGCCGUCCGAUUACGUGGGGGACGAGUUCGAGUGCACCGGUACGUAAUAAAGCAAGUACGCGCGCUGCAAUACCACGCGAAUGAUAAAAUAUCAAACGGGGUUGACGAACUGGCGUAAAAGCGCGAACCGAUUCUUUGUGCAUUUCCCCCCUUCCCCCCCGGAUGUCGUUGUUCCGUUGCGGCCGACGACCACGACCGUGAAUCGUGACGACCGCCGACGACGACAUACGGUCGUCGCACCACACCGAUACCCCUCCCGAUCUUCUCUUUCGCCGAGACACCGGGGUUCCGGCCGAACCACUCCCGUCGUCACCGCCUCGUCACUAGCAGCGCUCCGCCACGGUAACGUAACGAAACCGAUUCCGUCCGUCCGUCGCCGUGCUAACCCGGCUAUUACGCGCACCGAUUCAGAUGCACGUCUAACGCCGCCGCCACCGCCGUCUCCAGCGCUGUUACCAACCGUCACCGCCGCCGCCUCCACCACCACCACCUCCUUCGCUGUUACAGAUGCCCGUUAAAAUUUUUGAAAAACCAAUAAUGGACGGGCCGACGGCGUAAGACGGUGACACGGUUUGAGGGCAGCCGUGAGGUUCGAGUGUGCUUGUUCGGUUGGAUUUCGUGUUUCUACGUUCACGAUCGAUGUGCAUUUAAUAGAUAUUUGAUAAAAUCGAGUUCACGUGCAAGAGCCAACCUCUUACGUCGCAAACCUAGGCGAACGCAGAAAAUAACCAUCGAGACGCUACGACGCAACAAUGUUUAGCGUUUCUUCGGCUGCCCGUCCUAUCGUGAUCAACAUGACCGUUCUACGUUUAUGAGAUUAAAACAUUCCAUACUAUACAAUAAAAUAUAGUCAGUAAAUAUUAAAGCUUAAAAAUGAGUUCAGAUAGAGCACCAAUCCAAGAUGCAGCAUCACCUAUGACAAAUUUAGCAAAUUGUCUUGGAACUUCACUGACUGUCAGACGCAGACUUACAUUGUCCGAGUCAAGUGAAACUCCAAAAAAAAGCUAUGAAAAUAAACUGCAUGAUCAUGAUAAAAACGUUUCAUUAGGAAUUGAAAAUAAUAGAUUAUAUAAAGGAAAUUCAAAAAAUAUUAGUGAUAGUCCUACAUUGAAAAGUCUAAUGCUACAAAAAAUAAUAAAUAGUCCAGUUGAAAAAGAAAAUACAACCAAGUGUAUGGAUAUGAUUGUCUCCAAAACAAUGGCAUCACCAAUCCAAUCAAGUCCAACGUUUUUAAUACUUAGUCGCCCUACAAGAGGACGUCAUCCAUUAGAAGACCAUGAUCCUAACUCACAAGAUAGUGGCUUUUUCUCGGUGCCUUCUGAGGACUCAAGAUCAUCAAAUAGAAUAAGUGAAUCCCAAGGAGUUAUUAAAAAAAGAAAUGCAUCAUUAGAAAUGUCUCAUUCAGAGUCUUUUAUUAGUCCCAAUGCAGUCCCUGGUAUUGAUGAUUCAUUCAUAGAGAAUACUGUAUCUCCAGAUAGAUUGUCGCAAAAUUCACUUCCUCCUGGGUUUGAUAAUUUAAUUGAUGGAGAUAUAUGCGGACAAAAAUCUCCAGUCAUAAAGCCUAUUGUCAAACGAAAAAAAAAAUAUUGUUCAGAUAUUCCUCGGAAAGCUGAUUCUGUUUUUGAAGAUAUAAAAAACACUACUGUUUGUGUAAGAAAACGAAAAUUAAUAAAUGAAUUUGAAUGUUCAGAAGAAUCUAUUACAUCAAAAAAGUUGAGACCCAAUGUUGAUCUAUCCAUGUCGUUUGAAUCUCCAAAACUAGAUACUUCCAAGACCUCUUUUACUGCUCCUGCAACUCAAAGAAAAACUACUCUUUUUGAUUAUGGAUUCUGCAAGAAUAAUGUGUCUAAACUCAGAAGAUCAUUUUCUACUAGUGAAGCCACAAUAAAAGCUGCAUUUGAGAAAGAGGACAACGGAUUAAACUUAAUUGGUGAUUUCAGUCAAUCGUUUAUAUUACCUUUAUUGUCAUUUGGUCGUCAUGCAGAUCUCCGUAGCAUAUCUCCUGAUACAUUGGCACUUUUACUUGAAGGCAUUUAUGAUGAUUGUGUUGAUUCCUAUUUGAUAAUAGAUUGCAGAUAUCCUUAUGAAUAUGAGGGUGGUCAUAUAAAAGGUGCAAUUAACAUAUAUACUAAAGAGCAAUUACUUCAAGAUUAUACUGAUAAUAAACUAGGUACAAAAUCAUCCAAAUCUGACAUAACUAAUAGAAAAAGAAAUGUUUUGAUAUUUCAUUGUGAAUUUUCAUCUGAAAGAGGUCCAAGUUUAUCCCGAUACCUACGAAAUGCAGAUCGACAAAAAAAUAGUACUUGUUAUCCAUACUUGGACUAUCCAGAAAUGUAUUUGCUUGAUGGUGGAUACUGUAAAUUUUAUGCUCAAUACAGUCACUUAUGUGUGCCAUCUACCUACAGGUCUAUGUAUGACCCAGCUCAUACUAAAGAUUUAAGAAGGUUCAGGUCUAAAUCAAAAACAUGGGCAGGUCACAAUAAUGAAGGUGUGCCACGCUUUGCCAGUAAAAAUACCCUUAAACGUUUGGGUUUUAAUUAAUUGCUUACACAUUUAUUUUGUGUAAGUAUGUAUUAACAUUUUAUUUUUAUUGAUAUGUAUAUUUUUUUUU